GUCUGAAGUACCCAAGCAUGUGGAAGCUGGGAGCACUGAGGACAUUGGCUUUGAGGAGGAGGAUGGGACUUCGACCGGUGAGCAAAGUAUAGCGAGCAGUGAGGGAGGACUGGCACGUUGAGUCUGGGGGUGGGGGAUGCUUGAGUUCCCCUUCCGCCCGCCAACAGCCCUACACGGUCAGAAGGGAGUCAUCCGAAAGAGCUGUUCCAAUCUGACCUGAUUUGUGCUUAGAUGGGAGACUUACAAGGUCUCUCCACCAUGCAAGAAGAAGAGGAUGAAUCUGAAGCCACUUCAGUAUCUUCUGGAGACAGCAGCCCCUCAACCCCAGCUGCCAAUGGUUAUCCAGGCCCACGGAGCAAAGAGCCACAGGCUACUGCUGAGGAGCUGUUAGAUGACAGCGGAGAGGCCGGGCAGGAUCAGCUGAGCUCUUCGCAGGCCCCAAGCCCUGAGUGGCAUGAAUGUCCCGAGUGCGGGCGUGGUUUUGGCACUUCACGGGCUCUGAAGGUGCACCGUAGCUACCACGUGGGGCGCAAGCGACCACACAGCGGUUCCUCUUCAUCCAAGCCACCGCCACCUCUGAUCUUGCCCGGUAACUCUGAAAGCCAGGAAGGGCGGACAGGCCUGGCUUCUGGCCGGGGCAGAGCUUUCCACUACAUAUGUGCCGAGUGUGGCCUGGGCUUUGCCUCUCCUGCCACGCUGGAGGGUCAUCGCUGCGAACAUGGCUGGCGCCGGAGCCCGCCAGCCCCUCCCCGUAACAGGCCUUCCCCCUCCCCUGCCCUGAGGGAGGCCAAUGGGGAUCAGGACUUAGAUGGGGCUGAUGGACCAUACCAUUGCACCGAGUGCCCAGGGGAGUUUGGCUUGGUGUCGGAACUUCACGAGCACUACAUGCUCCAUGCUCGCGGAGAGCUGUAGAUCAUUCUCUGUCCCUUCCCCUUUUUCUCCCUCCCCAGUGUAAUAAGUGGCAUCUGCCAAGGGAUCUGUCCAGCCAGGAUUCUGAGAAGUGAAACCUCCAUCCUUUUCUUUAGUUCCUUAUUUUAGUUUCUUUCUAUAUUUCUAAAAUAAAUUUAGCUUGGAGGUGGGGAGGGGAGGCACAACUGGUCAGAGCCAUCCCUUUGGUAUGUCCUGCCUCCCCAGAGAGGGGGCAGCAUUUAUGGAAGUCCCCCUGCCUGCCUGCUUGCCUGCAGGGUGUCGGGGGGACAGGUGCCACCUUCCCCCUGCACUUAAGAGAAAGAUGCUCUGGAUCUAGCACCUGUAGGUCCUUGGCGAUCAUUCCGCAAAGGGAGCCCAUGUCAAGGGCCUUUGCAAUGGAAGCACUAGCAGUAUUGGGCUUGUAGCUCAAGUUCAGUUGAACUGUGGGAGAUGUACUCCAGGCCUGUCCCAGGGUUGUGGGUUAAAGAGGAAGGGAUGGACUGGAACCGCUUGUCCUGUUGCGAGGUCCUGCAGCCCAGUGCCCACCCUCUUCCUACUAGACAGCUCCCUCUGCAACGGGAUGCCCAUUGUUGUCGUCAUCUUGCCUGGCACCCGGGCCAGACUGGGCUGAACUGAAGCUGUAUUCUAUUUGUGUGUGCGCGUGCGUGUGUGUGUGCGCGUGUGUUUGGCUUCUAAGAGAGUGGCUUCUAGAGAUGGCACCCAAUCAGCAUAAAUCAUGAAUAUUAACAAUCUCUCUUCACAGUAGCUGGGAGAUCUGGUUUAAUAAAAGUGAUUCUGUAUGUGUGA